AUGUAUGAUGUACAUUUGGUCAGCGAAUUCGCGUAUAAGGAAUUUUAGGAAAACGUUUUGAAGUCUGGCAAGAACAAAGUGGAAGUAUAUGCCAUAGCAACGGAUAAUUUACAUAGCAACCACAGUAAUGGCGGACGUUGCGAUCAAAAUAAAAGAGUGGACACACUUUGUUCAUUGACAUUUAACGACAAUUUGAGGUUUGUAAUUCAAUCUGGUACCUAGCAAUACUAGUUUACUAGGAAAAUGCUUUGUUUAUGAAAAACGUGAAUGAUACAUACAAUGUAUAAUUUCUCUGCAACGAACCCAGUUUGCAGAACGUGGCACUAGCGCACCCGAGGGCAAUUUCUUGUUGCAAUUUUAGCGCACCUAGCCUAAAUGUUCCUCGUGCCUUAGCUCCCAGGGUGCACUUGACAUGUAUAAUGAUGUAGGGUGUCUGUACAAGUAAGCUAUUACAGACCACAUGACUUGAAAUGGGUUAAUUUACAUACAAGCUUAGGAGGUCUAUUACACUGGUACCUCUUCCUCUUAUUUUUAAACACUUGAAACAUGAUACACUUUGUCCGUAUCCUUCUUUUUCUUCAUCUUCAUCCCUUUCCCCACAUAUAAGAUGAACAAAUUCGCUGCAUAACUUACAUUUGUGUCCUGUUCCUACCUCUUUAUCGCAAACUGCACAUGUUACUUCUAUAGCUUCCGCCAUUUUCUUUCAGGAAAAAAUUGGCGCGAAAAUAUCAAAUCAGCUUAUGCAAUACGCAUUCUUCAACUCAGGUUACUGCUCAGUGGGUUACUGCAGACCUCUCAACUCUCACGCAUUCGGCGUGAGUCUCACGCAAUUCGCUUCACUCUCACGCUCUCACGCCACGUUUAGUAAAUCUCACGCAUAUAGCAGUUUCAUAGUAUUUUUUUUCUCAAUAAUACUAAUAUUGUAUUCUUAAAUGCACAUUAUUAAUCAUUAGUAUAAUUACAUAGGUGAUUAUUGAAAAUUCUCCACGCUGAUUGGUUGCCGUUGAGGUGAUUAUUACGCGAUAAUCACCUAAGCGAUUUUCAAAAUGGCGGUCGAAGCCGUUUUGUCAAUUAAAUGACGAAGAAAUGUGCAUUUUUAAAUUUUUUCCCAAAUAAUCACCUAUGAAAUUAUACUAAAACAAUUAUUCGCCUCAGGCUCGGUGAUUACGUGAAUAAAAACCUCGACUUCGUCUCGGUUUUUAUUCACCGAUAAUCACCUCGCCUUCGGCGAAUAAUUGUUAAUUAUACGGAUCGCGAGUCGAAUAUAUAAUCGCGUGUUCUUGUUCCUGCAUAUACGGCCCGACAAUUUGGAUACAAAAUAGUACGCAUAUGUAAAUAUGGCGGACAAAAGGCAGAAUCAGUCCGAGCAGAAUUCUAUAUGUAAAUUAUCAAAGGCAAAUUAAAGCUCAUUACUGUAUGUCACAGAAAUAUAGUUUUAAAGGACGUUAUGAAUAUGAAGCAAUGUAUUUCAUUAAAAACCACCAACUCUCAUAAUGUACGAAAUGCCAUUUCAGACCACCGGACGUUUACAAAGGUGCAUGUCAUCCACAUCCCCAAUCUCACUCUUAACUUCUCUGCAAAGUUGAGAGGUCUGUUACUGUCUAGCGCGUAUUUGGCCAUGCAAGAAAAGAUAUACGAAAGAGUGGACCGUGGGGGGAAAGACAAGAGAUAAGCCGCUGAUAAAUUGUAAUUUACUAUUUCCCAGCCGGCGGUGACACACCUUGUCACAAAAAAUUCGCACCUACAGCAUUUUUUACAAUUUUUCAGGUGCGCACCUGACAGUUUGAAGCGCACCUGCACUUGAAAUUCUUGGUAUAUUGCACCCGAGAUCUCGUCGAAAUGUGCCACGUGUACGUUCUGCAAACUGGCACCGAACCAUUGUGUCGACUUUUGGAAUUGUGUGCAAUUCCCUAUGCACAAAAAAUAUAUGCACAAAAAAAUUGCUUUUCUGCACAGAUUUGUGUGCAGUGUGUUAACAUAGAUGGUCUUGAAGGGGGUAAAUAAUGGAUGGGAACUGGGAUUUUUAUAUUUUUGGACUGGGAAAUGGGAUUUGGGUUAUUGGGAAUGCCAGACACAAAAAUGAGAAUGGGAAAACCCAAGUACCAUUAUAAAGACACCUUUUUCUUGGCAAAACUAGUUCUAAAGAGGGCAAUUGAAUGCAGAAUUGUGUUUAAAAGUCAUCAAAUAGAUUCACGUCACUUCCUCUGGGUUUUUCUUUCAAUUUCACACUGGGACUGGGUUAUGAUCUAAAAAGGGUCUGGGAAAUGGGAUUUAGAGAAAAUUUGGGCUGGGAAAAUGGGAUCUAGAUCCCCCCUCCUCUUCAGGACCCUCAACAUAGAGCAAACGUACCGGUAUAGGAAAAACAAAUUUUCAAAAUUCCAUAAAUAGAAUUAGAAUUUAGGGGCCUCUUAAAUAUUGAAGGGUACUGUAGAUGGAAAUUAUCGAGUGGAAAUUUGUAUAUAUUUAGUAGACCUAACCAGGAACAGCUGCGAAAAAUGCAACUUUAGGUCGCUGGCAGGAAUCGAAUCUGUGGGCCUGCGAUUCCGGUGCAGCUAUAUUAGGGUACUGCCAUUUGUAGGUUAUGGGUAAAUAUCAAUAUUUUGUUGGUAUCUCACUCAACUGAAUAAUAGUUGAAGGGUAUUGUAGAUGGAAAUUAUCGAGUGGAAAACUAUAUACAUUUAUUACAUUAUAUAUACAUUCAAUUGAGUGAGAUGCCAACAAAAUAUUGAUAUUUACCCUCUUAAAUAUUGCUUGCUUUGUUAUAUUAUUAAUUAAAAUCAGACAUCUUAUGAAUGUUAAAGAGAUUUUUAUUUGUUUUUUUUUAAAGUUAAAAGCUGUUUUAGCUUUUGUUCACCAAAAGUUGGCAAACACAGCUGAGUAAUAAAAUGGAGAACAAGCUUUUGACCCUAGAUGCAAUUUAUGUUUCCUCUGUGCUUGAAGACUGUGUCGAUCAACUUGCAAUUCUUGGAAAGAUAAUGCCUUCAAGUUUGGAAGGACGGCCUGAUGCAGAACAGGUUACUGAUAGCUAGAAU